GUGAGUGAUGAGAUCUUCACAUACAAAACUCCCUGCCUGAAAACCUCACUCAACAUCCUAUAGAUUCUUAUGUUCUCUCCAAAAGUAGCGUCAUAUUUUUAGUUGCUGUUUUUGAUAGGAUUAAUAGUUGAUGAAGACUAGAUAUCUAAAUCAUGGAUAAAGCUGCUCUGGCUGUAGACCAGUGAAAUCGCUGACACCCUGUUGAAGAGCACAUUGGGCAAGUUUCAUGAGGUAAAAUGGGAUGCAACUAUAGUUCUGAUUAUGAUGAUGACUGGAUAGAGAACCUAGACGAAGUGUGUGACCACUGCAACUGCCCGAUUCCCCCCCAGUGGGCUAAACUGUACACAGAUCAACUGAUCCCCUACCCCUCUCAUCUCACGCCUCCCUCUUCCCCUCUACCAGAUAGCCUGGCGGUUGCCAUAUACAGCUAUGAACCAAACCACAGUGAUGACCUGGGAUUUGAGAAGGGGGAUAAGUUGAAGAUCCUCAAUAAGGAUGACCCGGAGUGGUUCAUGGCAGAGUCGCUCAUCACAGGCCAGAAGGGCUUCAUCCCAUACAACUUUGUGGCCCCCCUGAACUCCAUGGAGAUGGAGACAUGGUUUUUCAAGAACCUCUCCAGAAACGAUGCCAUGAGGCUCCUGCUAGCUCCGGGGAACACACAGGGCUCCUUCAUGGUCAGAGAGAGUGAGACCACCAAAGGCUCCUUCUCCUUGUCUGUCAGGGAAUUUGAUCCGAACACGGGAGACACGGUCAAGCACUACCGAAUCCGCAACUUGGAUACUGGUGGUUUCUACAUCACCGCAAAGAUAUCCUUCAACUCCCUGAAAGAGCUAGUCCAGCAUCACUCACGUAAGGCGGAUGGCCUAUGCACCCGGUUGAUGAAGCCCUGCCAGUCCCGUGUGCCCCAGAAACCCUGGUGGCAGGACGAAUGGGAGAUACCCCGAGAGUCCCUCAAGAUGGAGCGCAGGCUCGGGGCCGGGCAGUUUGGGGAAGUCUGGAUGGGUCUGUACAACAACCACAGGCGGGUGGCCAUUAAGAACCUGAAGGUGGGCACCAUGUCCAUGGCUGCUUUCCUGGCCGAGGCCAACCUGAUGAAGGAGCUGCAGCACCCUCGCCUGGUGCGCCUCUUCGCCGUGGUAACCCAGGAGCCCAUCUACAUCAUCACAGAGUUCAUGGAGAACGGGGCUCUGGUAGAUUUUCUCAAGACGUCUGAGGGAUCCAGUAUACCCAUCAACACCCUCAUAGAUAUGGCCUCUCAGGUGGCUGAGGGAAUGGCCUACAUUGAAGAGAAGAACUACAUCCAUCGGGACCUGCGAGCGGCAAACAUCCUGGUGUCUGAUGAGCUCAUCUGUAAGAUCGCUGACUUUGGACUCGCAAGACUCAUCGAGGACAACGAGUACACAGCCAGAGAGGGUGCCAAAUUCCCCAUUAAAUGGACAGCACCUGAAGCUAUAAACUAUGGAACCUUUUCCAUCAAGUCAGAUGUGUGGUCUUUUGGGAUCCUCUUGACAGAGAUAGUGACGUAUGGCCGUAUCCCAUAUCCAGGCAUGAGUAACCCAGAGGUGAUCCAGAAUCUGGAGCGAGGCUACCGGAUGCCCCGAUCGGAGGACUGCCCUGAAGGUCUGUACAACAUCAUGAACCUGUGCUGGAAUGAGAGCCCAGAGAACCGGCCAACCUUUGAGUACCUGAGGAGUGUUCUGGAGGACUUCUUCACAGCAACAGAGGGGCAGUACCAGGAGCAGCCCUGCUAAGACAGACAGACAGACAUUGGGAUAGGAGAGGAGAGGUCAUGACAGACAUUAACUCCAACUGUUAAGACACAGAGAUAUAAUCCCAGUUUAUAUGCUUUUGAUACCUUUAUUUAACCAGGUAAACCAGUUGAGAGCAAGUUAUCAUUUACAACUGCGACCUGGCCAAGAUAAAGCA